AUGUUUCUGAAACUUUGUGCGUUUUUAUUUAUUCAGAAAAUUCUUACUGUAUUUGUUGCAGUUCCUGGAAGACCGGUGGAUUUUGAAAGUUCAAUAGUUUUGGGAACUAAUUAUACAGACUACACAGAUUGUGUAAAAGAAUGCUUGAAUAUUACAACUUGCUCGGUGAGUUUAAAAUGCUUCUGUAAAUUCCAGAUAAAUAAGUUCUUCAGGCGAUUUACUACAACUCAUCCAACCUGACAUGCAUCCGAUAUGAUUAUGGAGAUCUAUUUUCAGUAUUACAAGUUCAAGACUUUCCAGUCAUUGAGAUUUUUUCAUUCAAAGUGAGUUUUGUUUUGAAACAAUUAUUAUGUUGGCACAAAAUUUCAGACAAACUCCACGACUUGUUCAAAAUUACCUGAUACAAUUUACUAUUCAAACCAUUACUCCUACAUCAACACUGGAACAUAUUGGGAAAUUGAGGGACGAUGCCCAAAAGAUUGGAAAGAAUUUAAUCGAACAAUGGGUCAUUGGUGUAUGAAACUAUAUUCAAAUGGUGCAAAAAAUCUUGAAACAGCCAAUGAUUUUUGCGGAACAGUGGCGGAAAAUGCGACAAUUUCUGGAAUUGGUAGUCAAGAAGAGUUAAACUAUGUUUACAAUGAAAGUUGGGAAACUAAGAAUGGAAAACAAGUUUCAAUUGGGGUUGAUGGAAGACUUAUGGAUAAUUGUACAGAAUCAUUCAAAACAAGAACCGAUUGCGGAUUUCCUGAGUCCUACACAUUCUAUGACAAAUAUUUGACAGAUUAUUCAUAUUAUAAAUGGGGUGGUGAAAAUCCUGAUGCCAUAGGAGGUAACGGUCUUUAUCAGCAAUGUAUUGUGUGUUAUUCAACAAACAGUGAACAAACGUUCAAUACUUUUGAUGAUGUUGUUUGUUCGAGUCAAUCAACAUAUUAUCCAUGUGGAAGAUUGGCUAGAGAUUUGUGA